UCUCUCUGUAUCUAUAGAUCUCAGGGUGGCGUUUUGCCCGCACUUCCGGCUCCCAUCGCCGACAAGUCAGAAAGGGGCGGGGUUUGUCCACACGCCACGCCCUCUAGGAGAGUGGCGUUCUUCUCAACACUUUCGGCUCCCGUAAGGGGCGGGGUUUGUCCACACGCCACGCCUCCUGGUGGGCGGUUCCUUAAGGAGGCGGGGCCAGAGGAUUGGCAGCAGAAGCACCGGAAGCAGCGGAAGAAGCAGCAGCAGCAGCAGCAGCACACAUGGCUCCCCCGACCGAUCCAGCGCGAGAGGGCCCUCCGCCGGCCCCGUCCCCCUCGUCCCCACCCCCGGGGCCCCCGUGUCUGCGCUGGGACCUGACGCCGGAGGAGAUCCGUGCGGGGACGGAGGAGCUGAUUGGGCGCACCAAGAGGGCCUACGACGCGGUGGCCGCCCUGGGGCGCGAGGAGGUCUCCACCCAGAACACCCUCCUGGCCCUGGCCCACACCGAGGCUCAGUACACCGCGCAGCGCAGCCAGCUGGACUUCCCGCAGCACGUCUCCCCGUGCCAGGCGGUGCGCGCGGCCAGCACGGAGGCGGACAAGGCGCUCUCGGCCUUCGACGUGGAGACCACCAUGCGGGCGGACAUCUACCAGCGCCUCCUCUGGCUCCAGGAGAAGCUGCUCACGGGUGAAGGUGGCUCCCCACUCAAGCCGGAGGCCGAGCGCUACCUGGAGCGGCUGAUCACGCUGGGCCGGCGGAGCGGACUGCACCUCCCGCAGGAGACUCAGCAGCGAAUCAAGGCGAUCAAGAAGCGCCUGAGCGAGCUCUGCAUCGACUUCAACCAGAACCUCAACGAGGACACGACCUUCCUGCCCUUCACGCGGGAAGAACUGGGGGGCCUUCCGGAGGACUUCCUGUCCUCGCUGGAGGCGGAGCCGGAGGGGCCGGAGGGGUCGGGGGGCCCCCGCCUGAAGGUGACCCUCAAGUACCCCCACUACUUCCCGCUCAUGAAGAAGUGUCACGUGCCCGAGACGCGCCGGCGCAUGGAGGAGCGCUUCAACUCCCGAUGCAAGGAGGAGAACUCCGUGAUCCUGAGGGAGGUGCUUGACCUGCGUGCGCAGAGGGCCAGCCUGCUGGGCUUCCCCACCCACGCCCACUUCGCCCUCGAGAUGACCAUGGCCAAGGACCCCGGCACCGUCCAGCACUUCCUGGACGACCUGGCCGAGCGCCUGGCCCCGUUGGGGGAGGCCGAGCGGGCGGAGCUUCUGGAGCUGAAGCGGGGGGAGUGCGAGGGGCGGGGCCUGCCCUUUGACGGACAGCUGCGGGCCUGGGACCUGCGCUUCUACAUGAACCUGGUGGAGGAGCGUCGGUUCCGCGUGGACCGGGAGCGGCUGAAGGAGUUCUUCCCGCUGGAGGCCGUCACGCUCGGCCUGCUGGGCCUCUACCAGGACCUCCUCGGCCUGCGCUUCCGCCCGGAGGACCCCCCCCCGGCCCCCGCCCCCGCCCCCGCCUGGCACCCCGACGUCCGGCUCUACUCCGUGUCCGACGCGGCCUCCGGGGAGCCCGUGGGGCACUUCUACCUCGACCUCCACCCGCGGGAGGGCAAGUACGGCCACGCGGCCUGCUUCGGCCUCCAGCCGGGAUGCCUCCUUCCGGACGGUCAGCGCCAGCCGGCCGUGGCGGCCAUGGUGGCCAACUUCUCCAAGCCCACGGCCGGGACCCCCGCCCUCCUCCAGCACGACGAGGUCGAGACCUUCUUCCACGAGUUCGGACACGUCAUGCACCAGCUCUGCUCUCAGGCGGAGUUUGCGAUGUUCAGCGGGACGCGUGUGGAGCGUGACUUCGUGGAGGCUCCCUCGCAGAUGCUGGAGAACUGGGUCUGGGAGGAGGAGCCCCUCGGCCGCCUGUCCCGGCACCACCGCUCCGGGGAAGCCCUGACCCACCCGCUCCUCACGCAGCUCGUCCGCUCGCGGCAGGCCAACGCCGGCCUGUUCAACCUGCGCCAGGUCGUGCUGGCCAAAGUGGACCAGGCCCUGCACAUGCGCCCGGGCGCCGACCCUGCGGAGGAGUACGCGCGGCUGUGCGACGAGGUCCUGGGGGUCCCGGCCACUCCCGGGACGAACCUGCCGGCGUGCUUCGGGCACGUGUGCGGGGGGUACGACGCGCAGUACUACGGCUACCUGUGGAGCGAGGUCUUCUCCAUGGACAUGUUCUGCACACGCUUCAAGCGGGAGGGGCUCCUCAGCCCCCAGGUGGGGCUGGACUACCGCCGGGAGAUCCUGUCCCCGGGGGGCUCGGUGGACGCCUCGGAGAUGCUGCGGCGCUUCCUGGGGAGAGACCCCCGCCCAGACGCCUUCCUGGCCAGCAAGGGCCUCCCCGCCCCACAACAAGCACCCCGAGCCCACCGCUAAUCCAUCCAUUACUCAUUAUUGAUUUAAGGAAAUGGAUGAAUUAAAGGGGAUAUACGUCCUGGAACGGGAAAUA